GGCCGAUGCCGGAAGAGAAGGCCUCGGCAAACGGCGAGAGCCUAAGAUGGCGGAGGUGGAGGAAGUGACCGAAGGGUGUAACCUCCCCGUCUUGCGCCGUAACCAAGAAAAGGAAGACGAGUGGCCGCUGGCUGAAAUCCUGAGUGUCAAAGACAUCAGUGGCCGGAAACUUUUCUAUGUUCACUAUAUUGAUUUCAACAAGCGUCUGGACGAAUGGGUCACUCACGACCGGCUGGAUUUAAAGAAGAUCCAGUUCCCCAAGAAAGAAGCCAAGACCCCCACCAAGAAUGGGCUGCCCGGAUCCCGGCCCAGCUCCCCGGAACGUGACGUGAGGAAGACCUUGGAUCUACAACCAGCCACUCCAUCCAGCGGUAAAACCCUACCCAUCCCGGUGCAGAUAACCCUCCGUUUUAACCUAUCUAAAGAGAGGGAGGCCGUCCCUGGCUCGCCCGACCAACCCCUCUCCUCCAGCUCCUGCGUCCAGCCAAACCAUCGUUCUACGAAUGGCUCCGCUCGCCGAGCCGUGGCCGCCCAGCCGGGCCGGAAGAGAAAAUCCAACUGUCUCGGGACAGAUGAGGAUUCCCAGGACAGCUCGGACGGGAUCCCGUCGGCGCCCCGCAUGACGGGCAGCUUGGUCUCAGACCGGAGCCACGAUGACAUCGUCACCCGCAUGAAGAACAUCGAAUGCAUCGAACUCGGGCGCCACCGCCUCAAACCCUGGUACUUCUCGCCCUACCCUCAGGAGCUCACCGCCCUCCCCGUCGUCUACCUCUGCGAAUUCUGCCUUAAGUAUGUCAAGAGCCUCAAAUGCCUCCAGAGGCACCUGAUGAAGUGCGAUUUGAGGCACCCUCCGGGGAACGAAAUCUACCGCAAAGGGACCAUUUCCUUCUUUGAGAUCGACGGCCGGAAGAACAAG